AUGGCUGGGAAGGGGAGGAAAUUCUUGGAUAGCCUUCCCCUGAUAUGCUUGAUGGGGAUUAUUAUCCUCCUGAACCUGUCAGGGGAAGUUGCGGCGGCGAGGCCGCUCGGCGGAAGGUGGCGGGCGGCGGCGGGACAAGUCGGGAGCUUACUCUUCGAGGUUCUGCCGCAAGGGAGCGGCUCUGGUCCCGGGGCUUCGGGUUGCACCUACGGCUCCGUCCAGAACGGAGGGACGUGCCCUCCAUAG